UAGAAUUGAUUGCAACUAAACCUGCUUGGGGCUAGUUCAAGUCAUCGCUUCAAUCUCAGACUCGCCAUCAAACCGAGCUCAAAACGCAGCUGACACAAGAGGUUUUUCCCGGUACCGCUAGCCAUUUCUUGUGCUGGGGUAUAUAUGCUGCGGCGUGCGUCGUGUAGGAGCCCCAUACCGGGUCGACUUUCCAAUGCCGCUGCUGUCCACUGUCUCGACACUCGCGCACCAUGCACGCACCAUUGUCUUGUUCACCGAGGCGGACCUGAAGACAUCUUACCUUCCGAUACUUUGUUUCUCCCUGGCCCUUGCACCGGUGCACUCCGUCUCGUGCGCGCUCCGUGCGGCAUGCUGGCUCUGGAUUCACCUCUUACAAUUCUCUGUCGCAAAUCAAGUGCACGCUGUCCACGAGGAUACGAUCAACAAAGCCUACAGGCCGUUGCCAGCGAAACGGAUCACCGUCCAAAACGCCGCCAUACUCCGCUGGGCCUUAGUUCCGAUAUGCUUUGGCUUCUCGUUGCUACAUAGCGCAGAGGCGCUGUACGCCAGCGCCACCUUCGUAGCUCUGACGUUCAUAUACAACGAGCUACACGUCGCCUCUGGAUUCUGGGUGUUUCGGAACAUCCUGAAUGGCAUGGGGUUCGCGGCCUUCGAAUGGGGCACGACGCUUAUGGCCGGGGCCGACGGCCAGCAUUUAAACUCGGCUGCACAGUUUGCAAUAUUCAGUAGCGCCGCGAUCAUCACCACGACGAUACAGGUGCAAGACUUCAGGGACGUCGUGGGCGACGCACUUGUUGGCCGUGCCACCUUCCCACUCGUAUCGGAGCGCUGGGCGCGCAUGAGCGUUGUCGCGACAGUGAUUCCGUGGUCGCUCGCGCUUUCAAAGGCGCAGGAGCUCGACGGCUCCGUCGCAGCACUCUUCGUUUUCUUAGGCGCCUUCGUCGGCCUGCGGUUCCUGAUGUACAGGUCCGCUCGCAGCGACGAGACGUCGUACGUCAUCUACAACAUAUGGUUGUCAUGCGCGCAUGUCCUGGCCGCCACAGGCACCUCGCCUACGUCAUCAUCGUAGUCCCUUUGCCGUUGACGGCGGUCCCGCAGCGCUUUACGCGGGAAAAAAGCGCCCUCUCGCGCGAACUGUUAGCACCAGGUACCCGGCGCGCCGCAGCAACUGCGCCACGAAGCCUGCGCCACUGGCCUGCGCCCCCUGGCAACCCGCCUGCCUGUCGCAUCAAAAUGCACCACUAGUCCCUUUGCACACGAACCCGACCACGCAUUCAUCCAUUUCCGUGUUUUCCCUCGAUUCUCUUGCACCAUUUCGCUUAGCUGUUACAUAGCACCCUUGCUACGACUCACCCACGACGCGUCACGCAUCUACACGUCAUUAAUUUCUAUCAUACGAGUUAACAUGUAAAGCAUGCGAUAUAAUACACACGGGAGACGGCCAUCUCAAAACAAAACAGCGGAAAGCUUGUUCACGACUAUAUACAUAUGCAGCUAGAGCUUGGUGGCGCUUUCAUGCGCCACGACGUCUCAUCUGGCC